GUUACGCAAAUGCUGUGCUGACGUCACGCGCUCUGCCAACCAACCGCGCGCCGGCAAAGCUUCACCACAGGGUGAAGCUUUCUCUGCGCCAGCCAAUGAGAGCACGGUCGGAUAUUGGCAUGUUACAUGACGGACGGACGCAAUGGCCAACGGUGGCAGCAGCAGAUGCGUAGCAUAACAAACAUGGCGGCCACCUUGUCGGAGGACUGCUCAGGCAGGGCAAGGGGCGCUCGCCGUCGGCGCUGCUGCUACGGCUCCAUCUCGUCGUGGUCCGCGAAAGUGGUGUCUCCGGAGUGACGUGCCCGCCAGCGACGCACGAGAGAGCAACAGAAAGCAAGAGAGGUGCUCAGUGUGGGACGCCCGGGGACGCCGUGGCAAGCAGGCGCGUCUCGGAUGGCCCGAGACGCUGUUGGCUCUGUGUAGCGCGCCCCAGUCUCAACCAACGGAGGCCCACAACCAAUCUGCCCUCAGUAGCAAAUCAGAGUUCUGCAUGGCCUAUUCCAUGUUUUCGGAAUGUUCAACCCAGGCACCUUUGCAAUGGAUGAUGGGGGCCGAUGUCUGCUUGACGUUAUAAACGACCCCCUGCUCCUGCAGUCGUUCCUUGAAGACAAGAACGAGGAGGUUUCGAAGGAGCUGAGCUCGCUCGAAAGUGUCCUGCUCGGCCGAGACGAAGUGAGCAGCACCACCAGCUGCCUGCCGGCCCGCUGUGAGCUGCCGGACUCCAUGGGCUACGGCUGCUCUGGUACUGACAAACCCGUGGCCGCUGCCCUCGCCGUCUCCGCGACUAGCACUGCUGCCCCCUCGGACGUCUCGGCCGCCUCGCCCCAGCUGCUGGUCAGCUCGACGGUGCCCCCCGCUCCGCCGCUGCCUGCUGCCACUGCUGCUGCCAGCAAUGGCCUGCCUGGUGCCUCGCCACAUUCCACUCGCUCCUCCCCAGCCAGCAGCCGACCACACUCGGCAUCCCCGCUCCCCGCCGCCCCCAUUCCCGUCUCGUGGUCUUCACCGAGCCCCAUUGCCGUGUCGCGGAGUCAGUCCCUGUCCUCGUCGUCAGCGUCAACGCCAGCAACCACCAAGGCGACCGCGACCGUUGCCCCUUUGCCUGUGGCGCCGCAGCAGGCACCUCCGUCUAGACCCAACGUCGGGCAGGCGGUAUCGGGUAGUCCCAGCCCCCGCACAGCUGGUGCCCCUCGUCUCAUCCAGCCGAAGCAGCCACAGAUCCUUCCCAAGCUGUCCAGCGGCAGUGCCAACAUGACAACGCCCGCAGCGACCGCGACCACCCGGUCCCAGUCUCCCCGGGCCGCCCAGCACAAGGCCACACCGCAGCCCGCGCCUGUACCGGCACCGCAGCCUGCGACAACGGUGCAGCGCGGAGCCGCGAUGGGGCUCAACACGGGGAGUCCGCUGCUCAUUGGGAACCCUGGCGCCGCGCAGGCGGGCAUGUUUCAAGCUGGAGCUGCGCAGGGCACUUUCCUGCUGAACCAGUACAUUCCGGGCCUGGGCCAAAGCCCCAUCCUGAUCCAGGGCUCGCUGGGUCAGAUCCAGGGCUCACUGGGGCAGAUACAGGGGGUUCAGCUGGCCCUGCGGCCACCCCAUGCCACGGGCCUGUCCCUGGGUCCCCAGGCAGGGCACAAGCCCCACGGGGGCCAUCCGGGACAGCCUGGCACCCCAACACUGGUCAUCCCGCAGAACCUGGGGCCGCGGCCCAACUUUAUCCUGGCGCCGCGCAUGGUCUCGUCGCCCCUGUCGUUUGCCAUUGCACCAGGGCAGCCCCUGACAUUACAGCAGCUGCAGGCCAUGCUGCCGGCACAGACCAUGCUGGCCCAGCCCACGCUGGGCGCGUUCCAGACAGACCAGCACCAGUCCUUGGUGCAGAUACCAACGUUCACCCAGCCACAGAUACUGGCGCACGACCACCACCAUCACCACCACCACCACCAUCAUGGUGCCCUGUCGGCACCCCUCAUCUCGACAGGUGGCACGAUGGUUUCCUCCGCGCCUGCUGCCAACCUUGUCACCCAUCAUCCAGUCAUGACCACCACAACGGUGCUGCAUCCGGCACCACCGCAACCUGCCCCUGUGCCCGUCUCGGCACCCAUGACAUCAGCAACAAUCCAGCAGCAGCCGCAGGCACGUACGACAGCGUCACCAGCCACGGAGAAGCCAGUGAAAGCGCCCACGGUCAAUCUGGCCGAGUUGCUCAAGGAGCACGGAAUCAUGCCGGAGUCGACACCUCCGCCCUCCCCUACGUCCAAUCAGGAUAGCACCAUAUCAGUCGAUGUUCCCGUGACACCAGCACCAGUCACGGAGAAUGUGCAGGUUGUGGUGAGCAAGUCUCCGCAGACCGUGGCAGUGUCUCCCCAGCAGCGGGUGCAGCUUUCAUUGGCACACGAUGGUAGCGUCGUACUACACCCUCAUGGCAGCAACCUGUCCACCAUGCCUGCACCAGUGCAAUCCCCGGGGCUGGUGGCAACUACAGUCACUCCCACGUCGACGAGCGCACCCGGCGUGACUGCUCUCUCGCGGACCCAUUCGGCCCUCCUGGAGCGUCUCUCCGCAGCGCCGCCCGUCAGCGUGCCAGACCUGGCCUCCCUAACUGCACCCCGCGUCUCCGUCAGUGCACCAACCAUGGUGGCAGCACCAUCACUUGUUGCACCCUCGGUGAUGACGCCUUCUAUGAUGGCUGCAACUACACACCCUCACCAGCUCACCUUGCAUACCGUCAACAACGGACUGGUGCCGACGCAGCAGCUGGGGCAGCCACAGUCAUUUGUGACGCUGCAUGGCACUGCGGUGGCCAAUAUGCUGUGCCAUGGUAAUAAUGCGCGCAUUAACCACAUCGUGGUCAGCCCAUCGCCGUCCCUGGGACACCAGCAGCAGCAUCACCACCAUCAGCAUGCUCUGCACCAUACUUGUCACGCCGUGGCAAACACGGCUGUGGUGAGCUCGGUGGCCAGUGCUGUGGUGCCGACAACAACGACGGUUAUGGCGGCGUCACCAACGAUGGUGGGUAGGACAGCGGUGCCAACAUCCAUGCCGCACACGGUGGUGACUGUGGCUGCGUGCCCCUCUGUGACGACUGUGACUGUGACGCCCACGGUGGUCGUGACAUCGAACAGUGGUGCAACGGCACACACAAGUGGGAAGUGUACAGCGCCCAUGAACUCUCAAAACCAACAGCUCUAUGAGCAGCUGCAGUCGCAGAUAACCUACCUGAACUCUCUCAAGAAGCCCACGAUGCAGCAGAAGCUCCUGCUGCAGCAAAUGCUCUCCAUCGAGGAGAAGCUGCGUGAUUCCAACAAGCCGCAAGUGAGCUCCUCGUCCAAUGACACCACCACCACAGCAGCCGCAGUGCCCACAUCACACGCACACUGUAUGCAGCGGCAUGAAGUCAAGCCAACCGUCGUUUCGCACCCAAUUCCUGCUGCGGCCACGAUAAUAACAGCGAAGUCAUCUGCGGUGACGACGGUCCAAGUGCCCACAAUCACUGUUGCCACGACAACUAGGACUAACAGCCGUACCUCACAUCACAAGGUCAACCAUGCCGAUGUCAAGCCUAAAGCUUCCAUUCUGCAUGCUGGGAACACAGCAUCUAUAAUCACCACGCAAAAGGCCAUCGCCUCCCAUUCCGGACCGGUACGAAUAAUAGCCACUGCACCGACCACUACGAGCGCUGCUUGUGCCUCUUCUACCUGUUCCUCCACUCCUUGCUCUUCUGCGUCGGUGCUGAGUGUGCCGCUGGCAUCGGCUUCCCCACUGCUGUCUUCACCAAGUGUGGCAACCGUGUCGUCUGCGUCACUGGUGUCAAGUGUACCACUGGUCUCUGCUGCGCCACUGGCAUCUAGCGGGCCCAUGUUAUCAACAGCAUCAUUGGCAUCGUCGAGCAUAACACCCGUCUCGAGCGCCCCUCUGGUGCCCAGCUUGCCUGUGGCAUCAAGUGCACCACUGGUGCCAAGCAUACCACCUGUGUCAACUGCCCCAGCGCUGGCGCAAAACAUACCAGUGGUGUCUUGCUCGCCAUCAGCACCUGUUCCACCUCUGGUGUCGAACAUGCCAGUGGUGUCAUGCAAUCUGCCGACACCUACUGCACCUCUGCCAAGCAUGCCGGCAGUGUCAUGCGUUUCAUCAGCACCUUCUCUGUCGUCGAACACCUUAGUAGUGUCGUGCGCUCCAUCAUCGCAUACUGCACCUCAGGUGCCGAACAUGCCGGUGGUGUCAUCAUGCAUUCCAUCGGCACACACUGUACCUAUGGUGUCUAAAAUGCCAGUGGUGUCAUGCGCUCCAUCAGUACCUUCUGCACCUCUGGUGUCAAGCAAGCCAUUGGUAUCAUGCUUACCUCCAGUAUCCACAUCAGCAUUGGUUUCAAGCAUACCACAGGUGUCAGCGGCAGUAUCGGUGUCUAGUGCACCGCAUAUUUCUGGUACGCUGUUGGUGUCGACGGCAGCACUAAUGUCAAGUCCAUCGCUAUUGGCAUCAAGUACACCGUUGAUGUCAUCUGCACCACUAGUAUCAACAGCACACCUGGUGUCAUCUGCACCACUGAUGUCUACUGCAUCACUGAUGUCCACAACACCUAUGGCAUCAACUGCACCUAUGGUGUCUUAUGCAUCUCUAGUGUCCAGUGCACCAGUGGUGUCAACAGCUCCAAUUAUGGCGCCAAGCACGACUGACAUGACAGUGCCAUCAAUGGCCUCUCACCCUGUGGUCACAGUGGCCUCACAUAUACGUGUUCCUAACCAGGCCUCGGCCAAGUUUGUGCCGCAGCUUCACCAUGCUGUGCACCACCAUCAUCACCACCACCAUCACCUCCAGCCGUCACCGGUGGCAAGCAGUGUGUCGCCAGUCAACCAGCGAUCGCCGCCCCAGCCCCGGCCUCAACCUGUGGUGGUGCGGCUGCAGCACCCAACCAACCACAUCAUCGCGCCGCCCAGCACGACCAAGCAGAUUCUGGUGCAGGUGCCUUCUGUUGUGAACAAGCUGCCUUCAAGCAAAAGCUCUGGCAGCAGUAAUAGCAGUUCCACAAAGUCUACUGUUCCUGUGUUACCGAGCAAAGUGGAACCCAUUGUUCCCAAGCCCUCCCUGCCGCCACCCGAACAACCCCCAGCUCCCCCUCCUCCCCCAUCGAAGCCAGUAGUUGUCAAGCCUAAAGUUCCUGACCGUGUCCAGAAGAUGCACAUGUUUCAUCAACGACUACUGGAAGACCAGAACGGUGCUAUGGCUGCGGAUACGAAGAACCCCUUCACUUCCCGGCGCGAUGCUUGCCAACGGUUGUUGCGGUACCACGUCUACAACUCGGGGCUACCCAGGGAAGAGGACCUGCACAAAACGGAUGAACUAUUUGCCGAGGUCUCCGAACGCCUGCUGGGGGAGAGUCGAGAGCUGUAUCAAAAGUUCCACUACCUCAUGCUGAAGGAAGGGAUGAGAGAAUGCUCAAGUGCCGAGAAGAUCAUGAUUGAAAAGCUGUUCCUUGAGCACGAAACCGAUGCCUUGAUUGCUGAAAAGCGUGCAGCAGAGGAGGGGCAAUACACAACACCAGUUGAGCCGCCGCCACUUCCGCCUAUGCCAGGGAGUGCAUGGACAUUCGAGGCAGGCCCCUCGAUACCUUUACCUCGACCAGUAAAGAAGGAACCACCCGAUUCUUGGCUUGAUGACGAUGACCGAUCCGACCUGGAGCCGGCGCCAAAGCGGCGCUUGAUCAAGGAAGAAGAGCAUGAGACCGUGAUGGCCCCCAUGGAAGAGGAAACCCCAUCACUUCCACCAGUGUCAGUGACACCGGAGCACGUCGACCUUGUGUUGCGCAUCCACAAGGAGCUCAACAUGUCUCCCUCAGAAACCGGUGAAGACGAUGAGUUUGCCCACGAGCUGGCCGACUUCGAGCCGCCCGUGGCUCGCUUCCCGUCGUCGGCCGACCUCAAGCAGUCACAGCAGCCGCAGUUUAGCAGUGGCGGCAAUGGUGUGCCUCCAGUGGUGGUGCCCGACUGGAGUUGUGGUGGUAAGAGUGCGGACUCCGAGACUCGUGCGCCCGAACUGGACCUGUCGGGCAUCACGGGCUUGGAUGAUGACAGCAGUGGAGUGGACCCACUGGGUCGGACUCACUACUUUGGCGAGGAUGAGGAGGAGGACAAGGACUCUGUAGAGCUCCACGACCAGGUCCAGAGUGCCAUCAACAGCAUCCUGGACUUCCGGCGAGCUGCGGAGGACAUGCUCUGUGUGGACACUAAAGGAGCAAUGGUACGACCCGAGCCCAUGGACUACGUUGUCGCGACGGGAAGCGCGCAGCCUACGGACUCUGUUUUGGACGAAGCCGUCAGGAGCAUCUUGUUGUGACCUCAGCACUCUUGUUGCCGCUCCUCCUCCUCCUCCCUGUUUCGUGAAGCGUCGCACAACUGGCAAUGGUCUCGUCUCUCGAGCCGCACGCCCGUGUGCAUGUGGAUGCGUGCACGUGGUUUGCGCAGAGGUGAAAGCACGGUGAUAUUUGUCCCCCCUCCCCUCCUCCAUUCUCUCAUGCCCAUCUUAUUCCUGUGCCCUCGCUCUGUCCUCAUUUACUUCAGUUUGUUGUAUGUGGCUUCAUUUUGGAGACAACCUUAUGGCCUUUCUUUCGUCGGGCCUGCAAGUUACAGGAAGUGGCCAGCCCCCUGAACAGGCUACUGCUCCACAUUGCCUUCUGUUCCAUGUUCUUUCAGACUCUUGCUGCUCUGUCAACAUUUGUCAAAAACAACAACAAAAAAAGUAAGACGCUCAAGGACAGGCCACGCUGCUCCACAGACUGGCACAAUUGCUCGUACAGGCACUGUACCGACAGUCUUACAAAACUUGUAGUGAAUCAGGCCUUGUGUAUGUAGGCAGGCAUCCAGGGCCCUGAAGCUUUGUUCAUUGUGCGCUCAUGGUUUUGCGCAGAGUAAUUUUAUUUUUCUGUUUGCCAGCCUCUCUUUUUCUUUUCUUUUAACUUCUUUUUUACUUUUCGCCCUGCUCUAUUGAACUGCUUUUCAGAACUCAGGGGGCCUUGUGUAUAUGUCUAAGUUGAUGCAUUCGUCAUUGCCCCUCUCUUUGCCAUCAUCCUUGUACUGUUGUGCAGCACUUUUUUUUUUUCAUACUAGGCACAAAUAUGCAAACUUUGGCGCAUCUAGCCAAACAUGCAACUUGGAGGCCUCCCCCUUUUACCUUUUGUUUUUGCAGCCUCCGAUCUCCUACUUAACUGAAAAGGGAGCCUCGCAUAGUGAUGAAAAAAGCAGACUCGGUGGGGAAGACGAGCGCAAGUUUUUUUCAGUGCCUCAUGUAAGAGUGAGAGAUGUGCGUCGUCCCCGUUUUGUUUGCUGCCAGUGUUGUAAAAAAAAAAAAUGACGAUGAGAGGGGAAGCAGGCCAGCGAAACACAUUUUUUUUCUCAUGUAUAGGUGUAAAUACGACAGUCGCACAUAUUUAUACACAAGCACAUCCACGACAAAUGGAAAUGGAACCUAGAUUUCACUGCUGCUCAAACGACGUGAUGAUGAAAUACAUUUGAUGUAAAUGUCGACGAGAGUGUUCUGUGACCUGACUAUGGGUGCCUGUGGAAGACGAUGGCAACUCUGCUCCAGGCGACUAACAAGCUGGAUGCCAAGUGGUGGUGCAGAACUGUAGGCCUCGGUGUCAGCAGUAGGGCUCUCGGGAGUGGGCUAGUUGACAAUCGAUUCCGCCAGACUUCGCAUCAAGAAAUGGCCAACGGACGAGGAAAUGGGACGGAGACAAGGCCAGCCAGCGCUCGACUGACAGAUUUUGUUGGGCUCUGCAGUCGGCUGGGCAUUGCAAGGACAUACAGUAAAAGCUGACGAGGACAGAGGCAAGAGCAAGACACGGCGCUCUGUCCAAGUCUCUUUCUUGCCUCAGUUCUUGUCUGCCCAUGCUGUAUGGGACCUGCAGUCUGCUCUUGUCUCGGUCCUUUCGUUCUCUUUUUCCCAUCUUUCAGUGCUGUGAAUUCUGGCUCAACGUAGGGAAGUUCACCGUUUUGUAGCGCAGGUCUUGAUAUAAAUAUGUUUCCUUGAUGUUGUAAGCACUGGAAGUUUUGACGCGUGUCUGUGUCGCACAUCCCGGCACUUUUACUCCCCUUAUGGGAGUGUUACACAGGCUGAAGCGUACAGGGUGUUUCAGCGAACACUUUCAAAAUUUUUUAAAGGUUGCCGGUGGCAUAUAGCUCAAUUCUAGUUUGUGAGCCAGUCUACUCGAAGUGGCGGGCACUACUUGCACAAAAAAUUGAAAAGCAAAAUCGACUAAUUCAUAAGAAUUCACGAAUUACUUUAUAGCUAAUUAUUUUGUGACCCAUAUUGCAAUUUACAAAUUCUAGCUGUGGACUUCGCAAGGCAGAUCCACUUGGAAAAAAUUCUCAGGACAACAUUAGUUUCGAGAUAUAAAUUCCCGAACUUUACGAAGAACUGCAUUGGCGUUCCAGUUACUUGUGUGCUUCAGUGCAUGAAACGAAGUUUUGUUAACAAAUUAACUGGUAUGCCAAUGCAUUUCUCCCCAAAGUUCGGGAAUUUAUAUCUCGAAACUGGUGUCAUAUUGAAAAUUUGUUAUUAGCUAAAAGGUUAAUUAGAUAAUGUUUAUUAAUUAGUCAAUUUUGCAUCUCAAUUUCUUGUGCAAAUAUUGUCCGCCGCUUCGAGUAGACCGGCUCAGGAACUAGAAUUGUUAUAUCUGCCACAGGCAACAUUUAAAGAUUUUUUGAAAGUCUUCGCUGAAACACCCUGUAUAUUUCGGCUACACAAGGAAAACAUUGUCAUCCACCCAAGGGUAGCCCGAAGCUGCUCACUGUGGCCACUCAUUGCAAGAACGAAGCCUUCAGUCUUGGUAUAUGUGAAACGCAAGAAUGCUCCCAUUAAUUCACUGCCAAACUAAUUUUAGUCAGUUAUAUCUUUCUUUAGUUGCAUAAACAAAAGUUAUGCAAUGAUAAACCACCAGAAUUCAAUCUUAAAGUGCAACAGGUUAACUGAAAUAGUUCAUCUCACAGCUAACGCGCUAGGAGUCGUUCUGAGGCAGGAGCUCUACUGGACGCUGUUGUCUCAGCUUUAAAAAAAAUAAUCCGUCAAUACCUUGUUUUCAAAUGAAUUCUUUGCUCACUCACUCACAGGUGAUUUCAGAAAUGUUUUGCAAUGGAAGACAGUUUUAUAUCAACAAAUGAAACAAUCCUUGAAAUUUUGCAGCUCUUUGGCAUCAUAGUUCUGGAGUUUAAUAUGAACAUUCAUGUGCUUCACACAAACACGUAUUUGCGUACGGAUAUGAGAGUUGGCAACAAGCUAGUUUUAUGUGAAGUGCAACAGCAACGAAAUAAUGUGCAUGGAGGUAUAUUACUUCAAGGACGGCAGAAAACUAGGUGGCGUGAUGAAAUUGGAAAAUUUGCAGCCACCGGGUGGAGUCAGCAGGUGCAAGACAAGGGUAAUUGAAGAUCGCCGAGAGAGGCCUUUGUACUGCAAUGGAUACAGUAGGACAAUGGCGCAUCGGAGUGGUCCAUAGUAUGUUGGUUUUCAGAAUUUCAAGAACAGCUAAUGUCUUUUGGCCUCUCGCAGUUUGUGGGCGGCGAACUUCACAAGGAAAGCGCCAUGCAAAAGAACUGUGCCAGUAAUCUUAGUGCAAUGACAUUUUAUCCAUCUCCAUGUUGUGACAAGUGCGAAAACUACACAGUAGUGUUUAUUUUGCGGCAAUGCCAGUGUGCCAUGCACUCGGAGUAGUGCCCGUAAUCAAUCAUCACGACCAUUCAGUCUAGUUGAAGCUCACUCGCCUAACCUGGCUUUGAGAAAGCCGUCAAGGUGCCUUUUGAGUUAAAGGAGUAUUGACAUUACAUUUUUGACUAGUCAUCUUCUUUUUUUUUUUUUUUUUUUUUACUGGAAGGUCCGAGCAUCUGAAUUUCGCACU